AUGCUUCACUCUUUGUUUACCGUCUCUUGCGCUUUGGGUGUCCUGUGCUCUGUUAGAGCAGACACUGCUUCUUUGCGAACAAAAUUCUCCAAGUUAGGAAUAGACGCUGUCUUUCCAGGAGAUCCAUCUUAUAAAAAAUUUGCUACACCUUUCAACAAACGCCUGACAUAUAUGCCGGCUGCCGUUGUCUUCCCUAAUAACACAAAAGCUGUGUCCGAUUCCGUCAAAGCAGCUGUUGAAGCAAGAAUUCCAGUCUCGCCUCGCUCCGGUGGACAUUCGUACGCUGCAUAUGGCUUGGGAGGGACUAAUGGAGCCUUAGUUGUCGAUCUCUCGCGAAUUAAUAAGGUCUCUGUCAAUCAGUCAACAGGUCAAGCUGUUAUUGGAACUGGAAAUCGAUUAGGUGAUGUGGCUAUCAGAUUGCAUUCUCAAGGUGGCCGCGCAAUUCCCCAUGGUACAUGUCCGUACGUCGGUAUUGGGGGCCACGCGGCAUUCGGGGGUUUUGGUCCCACAAGUCGGAUGUGGGGUUUGACUUCGGACAAUAUCAUCAGCCAAGAAGUGGUGCUCGCAAACGGUACAAUCGUUCAAGCAUCGAAAAAUGCCAAUUCAGACCUCUUCUGGGCCUUGAGAGGUGCAGGAGCCUCGUACGGUGUCGUGACAUCAAUGAAGUUUCAAACCUAUGCCGCCCCUAGCCAACCUACCAAGUUUGACAUCCAAUGGGAUUUCGAUCCAAAUGGCUUUGCAAACGCGUUAAUCAAAUUUCAAACCUUUUGUCGGUCUAACCUACCCGCUGAACUUGGAGUGGAGGCCGAUUUAGGACGAGGGACCCAGUCUGGACGUUUGAAUUUCGCUCUGUAUGGGGUCUGGUAUGGUGAUAGCUCAAAGUUCCCGGCUGUCAUUCAGCCCUUUUUGAAUGUGAUGAGUGACACAUUGGAUUUGAUGAAUUUGACGCUUUUCUUCCCCUACACAGGCGUGGACUUAUCAGCGGAGCAUGACACUUUCUAUGCCAAGUCUUUGACAACUCCACAAUCAGCCCCCAUGUCAAAUUCUUCUAUCCAAGCUUUCUCGAAAUACCUCUCGUCGGAAGGAUGGAAAACAGAUACAAAAUGGUUGGUCCAAUUCAUCCUUUACGGCGGUCAGAACUCUGCUAUCACCGCCGUAGCAAAGUAUGCGACGGCGUUUGCACAACGUUCCAUAUUGUGGACUAUUCAAUUCUACGCCUCAUCCAGAAACUACGCGCCACCGUUCCCAAGUGCAGGAUUAACCUUCCUAGAUCAAAUGGUAUCAAAAAUUGUUAACAGCAACCCUUCUGGAUGGGCAUACGGCGCCUAUGCCAAUUACGUUGAUGAUCGGUUGUCUGCAACUCAGUGGAAGAAUCUCUAUUACAACACACAUUAUCAGCGAUUGACAAAAAUCAAGUCUGCUUACGACCCUCAAAAUGUGUUUGCGUAUCCUCAAAGUAUAACCAAGUAA